AGUCAUUCAUAAAAUUCUAUCGAAAUAAUUCAGUUCAUAUUUUAUUGUGCUCAUUUGCUUCUUGUUGUUAGAUUUUAUUAUACUUUACACGCGAGUGAAACACGAUACACAUUGGCAGGAGGUGGGAAAGUGAUCAAAUUGAAGGAAUUAAAUUGAAAUUUUCUCUACGCGCAUUCAACAAAUAAAAAAAAAGAAAAGAAAGGAAAAUUUUCAACAAUGAAUGUGAAAAUAUUUCAUCGUUUGUUGUCGAUUUUUGUGUUAAUUAUUUUGGCUCAAAUAUCAAACUGCAUUCCACCUGAUGAUGAAUUUGGACGUCCCGAUGCACCACAAACUGAUGCUCAAAUGUACUACGAUACAAUCCCAGUUGAAAAACGUGAGAUUUUUAUCAGAUAUUAUCUUGGUGAAGCUUUGAAGGAACAAGGAAAUCUGUUAGAAAGAACAGGUCGAAUGGUCGGAAUUAUUGCUGAACAAGAGUUUGGGGCACCACCACCUGAAGGUUUCAUUUCCGGAUUGUUAGAUUGGACGAAAGACAACUUCGAGUUGGAGGAUCAUCAUGUACAGCAGAUUGUGGAGCAUGGAUAUGUUUGUGUUGCAGCUAAAGGGUGUUACUAUUCCGAUAACAUUGGUGGCCAUUGUUGCCCAUAUUAAAAAGUCUUUAUCGUUUUACGAUCACAAAUAGCAACUUUAACUAACUGUUCGUUUUCGAACAAUAAAAACGUAUCAGUUGCAAUAAUUUGCUGUGUUUUCUUCUUCGCUAUAAGCUAUAAAAUAAUAAAAAAAAAGUUGUUUUUCUACAAA